AUGUCAAUUUUCACAAUCGCUGGACUAUCAUCAUUCUAUAGCCGGCUGGAUGGGCGAACAGAUGUAGAUUCCCUCUGCGAAGAGGCAAUCGGAAAAUAUGUUCUCUCGAGAUCGAACUCUGACAUCACAGGGACAACUGACCGUGAUGGGCCGGCUAGUUUCAUAGAGUUGGCGGAAACUAUUGGAUCCGUCUUUCUACUCCAGCUUGUCCACCAGUUCCGGCAGCCAACCGUCACAACUAUCCCGGAAUCUCAGGACCCAUCAUCUGUGCCCCCUCGUUUAUACUCUCUUUCACCAGAUAAAGUUCCAAGUAUUUUAAGGUAUUUGCAUCAGCAAUAUCGAUCUUUUUAUCCUUCUGCCAAUGACAUCCGGAGAACUAUACUCGAGGUUCUAUAUAUUGGAUCACGGCUCCUCCAUAUCAAAGGCGUCCAAGCUCGGCGACGAUCACAAUGGUUCCACUACCUAGCCGAUGCUGUUAAUGAUCCAGAUAUUUUCCCUAACGAUGGCUCCAUGGACGCUUCUAUCUGCUUUGGUAUCAAGGCAUUUCUUCCUCGGCAAUCAGUGCAGAGUUCCACGCAGCAGACGUCUCGAGACCUAAGAUAUUUUGCUGGAGUGCCUUAUGGCAUCAUAUCAAAUCCUCUAAAUCCUCUCGACUUUGGCAGGGUUCGAAACAAUGUUAUUGAGAUACAGCAACAAUCCGGAGCUACCAAUGACCAAAUUGAUGACCUCGACUACUUCUGGUCGAUGUGCGAUAUUCUACUUGUAUUAAUUGCGGCUUCUGCGGAGCCCUACCGUGCCAGAAACAUCGACGAUUAUAGACGAGAACUUUCCUCACUUGCGGAAGAAUGCCACACGAAUAUUACGAAUUUUGCUUACGAUAAGCUUAGUUACGUUGCAUCAUUAGCGGAGGAGGUCUCCCGUGUUGAGACUGCCCAGUCAACGCUAGCACAGCGGUCAUCCCUAAGCCGGACUUCGGAAUUCCUGCGCAGAAGGGAACUUCUGACAACGAUAAAUGAUAGAAAUAUGGCAAGAGUACUAGAUUCUAUCAAGACUCUACGACAAGGCAGUUAUAACAUCACAGAUAAAUUAUAUGCCUCUAAUUGUCCAGAAGGACACGUACUCAACGAAAUACAGACGGAAAGUUUUCUCGUGGAGUAUGAACGUCGGGCUGGAAUCAGGCUUCGAACAAAUGAAAACAGUACUCGAGUCGCUAUCCGAACCCCGGAUGCAUAUCCAUGCCCUGUAUGCUCUGAAAUCUCGAGGAUCGACUACUCGCAGGAUCUUGGGAGCCUCACUUCUCUCACUGAGAUCACCCAGUUUACGACUCUAUCAAGAAUUCUUCAAGAUGCGAAAGAAGAAGUCUCUAGCGCUCUGAAGGAUAUGUCUCGCCAUUAUCAUAUGGCGGAUCAACGACUCGAAGUUAAUUUCUCUCGGAAUGGGUCAUCAAAUCGAGUACAGCCAAUUGAGCAAGGCACUAACCGGCAAAAUGGUAGGUUGAGUGUGGGGAAACCACCAAGGAGCAAUGGUCAAUCAAGUCAAAGCAGCAGUCCAUCAAGUCGCGAUAGUAUCAGCCGGUCUUCGAAUACCCCUCUUCCUAGUCCAAACGGUAGCAGCGGCAGCAUUGGUGGACUAAGAAAAUUCACAUCAACUUUCGGGCUAAUGAAGCUCGGUCAAGCCCAAAAGGAACCAGAAAUAAAUCUUACCCAUUUCAAUGCAGAUCCUAUAUCUAUUUCUACACACACUGGCUCAUCUCGUGUCUUUUUCUACGGCAAAUCUUCAAUAUCAAUAUAUUCAUACGCCAGUGUAAUUCCUGAGCCUCGUGCGAGGAUAGAACUAGUCUCGGCUGAGGAUUCUAUAUUACGGUCGAUGCCAACGUCCAUAUCGAUUUCACCAUCAAAAGAUUUCUUAGCUGUGGCGGUUAACCUUUUGAGGGGGAAUAGUCAAAUUCAAGUUUGGUCGCUAGGGGAAGACGGUUAUAGGCCAAAGUUGGCUUGGUAUCAGAUUCUAGAGGGCAUCGCAAGUGGCUUGGUGGUCCACCCGGAUGAAAACUUCCUUUUCGUAAUUACAAACAAGAGAACGCUGAAUGCGUUCGACCUAAGUCAAGGAAGCCGGGUGUUGGAUUUUGAUAUUCCUGCGGAAUUUGGGUUUCCGGACGAACUUUCCAUUGUUGGGGGGGAUAUCUUACUAUUUCGAUGCUUUCCCGAUGUGAGCAUUGGGCAAAUGAAGAUUUUUACUUUGGAAUUCGGGACGUCAGGAUGCCAAAUGGGUUGGGAUUACCAUAUUGAGUGGCAAGAGAGAGAAAGUGACGACAAUGGGGUUUCCGCGCUUAGUCUUUGCGAAACUAAAGCCAGUGGGUCCACGCUCUGUUAUAGUACCUGGACGAUGUCUGGACAGCCCUCCAUAAUUCGGUGGGGAGCCCCCGGUAUUCCAAGUUCUAACCACCAGCUACACGAUGAUAGCCUUGGCACUAGGAUCCAAGAUAUGGCAAUAGUCCCUAACGCAGAUUUUAUGGCUCUCAUCAACGAACGUGGCGACAUCUAUCAAUACGCAGUUAGAAUUGGAUCCCGACCGAAACACUUGAAAACUAUCACCUUUGGGAGCAGGAGACGUAGCACGAACAAUUUCAAGGAUCGGGUCUGUCUUAAAAUUGACGAGGACCAUAAUAAAAUCAUUGUUGCGUAUACUAGAAAAGGCCGGGGGUAUAUUGAAAAGCAUGAUAUGGCCUUUGGUCAGGGUUAG